UGCCGCGCUGUAGCCGGGCAGGUGCCACCAUGGCGGCGGCGGCGGCGGCAGCGGCAGCUGUGGGGGAGGGCGGAGGAGAGGGAGGAAGCACAGCAGCGUGGCUGCGCGGCGCCAGCCUGGCGGUGCUGGUGCUGCAGAACGCGUCGCUGGUGCUGAGCAUCCGCUACGUGCGCACGCGGCCGGGGCAGCGCUUCCGGCCCAGCACUGCCGUGGUCCUGGCUGAGCUCCUCAAGGGCAGCGCCGGAUUCGUCCUCCUCGUGCUGCAGCACCGAGGUGUGGCAGGCAGCGUGCGGCAGGCGCUGGGCACCCUGCAGGGGGCGCUGUGGGGACAGGCAGGGGACACUCUGCGCCUGGCGGUUCCCUCGCUCAUCUACACCCUGCAGAACAACCUCCAGUACGUGGCCAUCUCCAACCUGCCUGCGGCCACCUUCCAGGUCACCUACCAGCUCAAGAUCCUCACCACGGCCGUGUUCUCGGUGCUGCUGCUGGGCACGGCUCUGUCCCGCACCCAGUGGCUGUCGCUGGCGCUGCUGUCGGUGGGGGUUGCGCUGGUGCAGGCCGAGCAGGGCAGCGAUGGUGACGCCGGUGACGCCGGCACCGCGGCUCCGCCGGACGCCCCCCCCCAGAGCUACGCGGUGGGUCUGGCGGCCGUGGCAGCCUCCUGCCUGUCCUCCGGCUUCGCCGGCGUCUACUUCGAGCGGCUGCUCAAGCGCCGCGGAGGCUCCAUCUGGCUCCGCAACGUGCAGCUGGGAGCCGUGGGCACCGCGCUGUCCUUGGGCGCCAUGGCCGCCACCGACGGCGCCGCCGUGGCGCGAGACGGCUUCUUCUACGGCUACACCGGCGCCGUGUGGGCCGUGGUGCUGAACCAGGCGGCCGGGGGGCUGCUGGUGGCCGUGGUCGUGCGCUACGCAGACAACAUCCUCAAGGGCUUCGCCACCGCGCUCUCCAUCCUCGCCUCCACCGCGGCCUCCGUGCACCUCUUCGGCUUCCGGCCUCGCGCGCCCUUCCUGGCCGGCACCGCCAUGGUGCUGGCUGCCGUGUACCUCUAUGGGCGGCCGCAGUCCCGGCCCUGCCAGCACCACGAGCAGCCCCAGCAGCAGCAGGAAAGCGGCACCGGUGGCAAGUCUCCUCCCUCCAAGGACAAAGGCUCCUGAUGGGAUCAAGCGCCCGGGCCCUACCCAGGCCCUAUAGGGGCCAUAGAGACUGUACAGUCCCCCCACAAUGGGGUCCUAUAGACACUC